GACGGAAGGAACAAUAGUAACAAGAUCUAGAAGUUUAAUAUCUCAGCCUUGCAUAAGGCUGAUGAAAUAUCAUAGACCGCCUUCCUUAAAAGAUAAAAAUUUCCCCCGCCUAAAUCUCGUUCAGCCCCGCGAAAGAAUGAGAUGUGUACAAAUUUGUGAUAAGAAAAAGUCAUUGAUUGUCGCAAAAUACAACAUAGCGAAUGAGUCUCUGAACACAAUUCUUCAACCUUCCUUAAUCAAACAGAACCCUAUUCAUAAAAUGCCCUCCACCACUUCUCCUACCACUUCCCUCCCGCCCAAUUCCGCCCUCCAGAAUCUCCUGAACACCCAAACACCCACCACCGUCGAAACCACCCACCCCGCCUACCUCCACCAUCUUGCAACCACCAUUCUCCAAAACCUGCAACUCCAACACGACUGGACCUCGCUCACAAUCCAUACGCACUCCCCUCUAACCUCGCACCGUCUUCCUCGUCCUCUAAUCUCCGGAUUGCCACCCCGACGCGCCUACAUCCACCCCGACGAGCAAGUCGCCAUUCUCAAAGCCGAGCAUUCUUCUGGAGAAACCAUUGCGCAAUUGCCCGAGCGCGAAUGGGUCUUACCUACGCACCUUGAGGAAAAAUGGAGUUUGGCACGCUUUGCAGAGGUGUUUGACGCGGUGGGAACUGUGCCUCCUGGGUCUGGAGCUGAGGGAAGGGAAGGUUCUCAAGAGGAUGGCGAGGAGAUUGUGGGAGGAAAAUGGCAGGGAGAAAAUAGACAGAAGAGGAUACUUUUGGCGACGUUGCAUGAUGAUAGUACGAUCGUGUAUUAUAUCAUGCAUGAUGGAAUUGUGAAGCCUCGACAGAAUUGAAGGCGGUUUGAGUGGAUUACUAUUCCAGGAGUCAUCUCAACAUCCGAAUGACUCGGAUGGUUAGGUGUCAUGGAAUGAUGAACAACAGAGCUGCCUUACAACUUUUGGUUCGCAGAAUUUUCCAACAACUCGGCCGAAGUCUUUGAAUCUCGAUUAUUGCACUGCAGAUUUGUUGUCAGCAUGAAGAGCUCACUCGCAAAUAAGAUGACCUGACAAUCGAACAAUUUCAAUGCGCUGAAAUGUUAGGUGUUAUAUCUAAAGCAUAACCUUCGCAAUUCGACCCUACCAACCCUGCCGAGAUCAUCAUAUCAUAUACAAAGUAUACACCGAGAAGACACUGCAUGGAAGCCCUUAAAAAAAGGAUAUGCUCCACGAUUUGAAAGGAAUUCCUUGUGGUUAAAUCACAGAAGCUGGAGACGUUCCGAUCAUUCUGUGGGAUCCUGGAGGAGGUAGAUCGGACAUCGCAUGUUGAAGGGAGGCACGCAAUUCUCAAAUACGGAUAGAUAUACUGGUACCACUAUACAACCAUCGGAAGCACUUUUGACAUGCUCAUUACAUCAUACACCUAGUACUUUAUAAAUCGGAGGACAAGCUCCUUCCGCUCCGAAUCCUCAAUCGCGAGCCUGCGUGGCAGUCGAAACAUCUUCAGCAUAACCUUUACUCUGGUUACCUUUCCUCCUCUGCCAAAUCUGCGGGUAGCAUCAUAAAUAGCCGUAUCCAUAACCUAGCACCCGAAAUACAUCCCCUAAAUAAUCAUAUCAUAUCGAGUCA